AUGAAUCAGGAGAAUCUACCCCUGGAACUACCUCGUCUGCCCGCCUGUGCCUCGCCGACCCUGUCCGCCACCGCCCGCUGGCAGGCAGUGGUCCGCCGAGAUGCCACAGCCGAAUCAUUUGUGUACGCUGUGUUAACGACCAAGAUAUAUUGCCGGCCAUCAUGUCCAGCUCGUCUCGCCCGGCGAGCAAAUGUCCAAUUUUACGACACGCCCUCGCUGGCCGAAAAGGCAGGUUUCAGACCCUGCAAGCGCUGCAAACCACAAUCCCUGCGGGCGGGUAAUCCUCAGGCUCAAGUGAUACAGAGGGCAUGUAAAACCAUCCAGUCAGAGAUAGCGUCCGGCUCCAAACCGACACUGCGGGAACUGGCUAGUCAGGCAUGCCUCACGCCAAGUCACUUCCAUCGGGUGUUCAAAAAGCUCGGCCCCCUGGAUGACUGCAGCCAAAAUACGAGUAUUACGGAAUUGAAACCAUGCGGUGUUCGCCCUGAUGACUAUGCGCCUUUUUUAUCCUGCGGCUUGGAGAGUGACGAUGUGUUCGAUCCUGGAGAUAUUAUAAACUGGAAUGAUUUUGACACUUUGAUAGCCACGGAAGCUGCGUAUGAGGCUGAAUUUGAUGUACAAUUUAUGGACGACUUCAUCUCAUUACCCAAGGAAGAUGCCGCAGGUGCCACUGAGCACUAUGGCCAAGAUAUUGGUGAUGCCAUAUUGCAACACGAACAAACAAGUCGCCUAGACGGCGGCAUUCACCUCACAGGUGUGGAGACUGCCAUGCCAUCCUGA